CUGGAAAAUUGCAAAAGUACUAUCAGUCUCCUCGUUCGAAAUCGCGCGCAACGUCACCAAGGACAGACCAGUGCGACGAUCGAUCGCAGUGCGACAUCGCCGAAGAGAUCCGUUCGCGAAGAUGACAUUGAGGAAGGAGGCAAAGAGGUCAUCGAGGAAGGUGGGCAACAAGUCGGGCCACAAGACGAUGACGAGCUGCAAUGACGAGGAAAUUGCAAACGCGUCGCAGCCCGGAGCCCCCGCGAAGGAAUGCAAGCAAGCGAAACCGGAAGCAGAACAUGAGAAAAACCCCGAUCCUGGAAGAUCGCCGCCGAAGGAGGGCACGUCGAAGGGUACGGACGGCAGCCCGAGCGGGAAGCUCGAGCGGCGCGCUUCGCUCCGUCGGAAAUUCGGCGCGCUGUUAAGAGGGAGCGCCGAUUUACCGGCGGCGAUCAACCGAGGCCUGCAGCCGAUCAGACGUAGUCUGAGCUUUAGCAAGGACCUCCACCGCAGCCAUGAGUCCUUGAAGCAGCCUUACAGAACUAGCAGCGUGCAGUGGUACAACAGUUUGAGCUCGCUGGCGGAGGACGAGCACGUCGAUGAGAUCGAUACGAGUUACAGGGUGGCGAACGCCUCCGAGCAGGAGAUCUUCGACGGCAGGGUGCAGGUCACCAGGACGCGCAGUCUGGUGGAAAAGAAUCCCGCCACGAGUCUUAGGCGCAGGGUGAACAUCCUCUCUCAUCCGACGGUACCUCCAUAUGGACGACACAGCGAUUAUUACCACUCUAAUAUAGAUUUAAGCAAUCCACCCUGCGAAGCGAGCAGUCUUCCGGUUCUCAGUCGGACCAUCGACGCAGAUGAUGGCGAGACCAAACUGCCUCAUGGAAGAGAGCAACAGGUCAGGAACGGAUGGGGGAACUUAAGAUCCAGUGCACGAAAUUUGUCUCUGCUACGGCUGGGAAAUUUCGCCGUCAAGCAGCAUUCGGUGCGUUCGAGAUCUCUUACCCAACUGGACGCCCUGAGCAACAGCAUGCUGGACACGGGGGAGCACCGUCUGGGGGGUGAUCCCUCGCAGCAGCAACCUCAUCAGCUGCACCAUCCUCAGCAUCAGCAACCCCAUCCACUGCAGCACCACCCGCAAAGCGUCGCCUCCGAGUGCAAUCCUCGAUUUCUAGUGCCGAAUGCACCAUCGGUUGAGAAUGUGCACCCCAAUCGUACCAGGCACAAACUCUCGCGAUCUCAGGUAUCCAGCAACGAGUACUUCAGCGUCAGUUUCGAGAUGGGCGAUGAUGCCGCCGCGACCUUCGAGCGCGAGGAGUUUCUGCCAGCGACGAGGGGAACUUACUUGGCAGAGGUGCUAGGCGCAGCCUGCGAGCGUCGCGGAGUCGAUCUUUCGCACGUCGAGGUCCUGGACAGUUCGUCGUCAACGUCGCUACCCUUGCUGACGACGGAGACCUUCAAUCUCGGUGGUAGACAUCUACGAAUAACCAUUAAGGACGAAAAAUCGAAUUCUCGAACGCCGUGUCAAAGAGGAAAUCAGAACGUUUCAUUACGGAAAACCAGUGGGAAUUAUCGUAGUCGUAGUAGCGGCCGAUUCUUCAGCGCUUCCACCGAGGAUACGAACAUCGAGUCGGAAGUAAGUGUCUUCUCCACCCUCGCUUCCGGUCGGAGUUCCGCUGGAGCGGCCGGACUCAAGGCCAGCAAGCAGCGCUGGAGCGGGUUCUUCACCAACAGCAAGGGUAUCAAGAUGGACCUUUUAACUGCUCAACUGGAUGAGUACAACAAGCACGGCGUGCCGAAACUCGACAUUCAGUUGUAUGGCGAUUUGGCGAUUAGCGACGAAGCGCUGUACCACUUGGAGAACGACUGGCACGACAUCGUCGAGAAUUCUGACCUGCUCUCAGAGAAACAGCAGCAACAGCAGACCGCUCUCUGGGAGCUGGCCCAGACUGAAGUGGCCUACAUUAAGACGUUAAAGGUCGUAACCGAUCUCUUCAUGGCGUGCCUGUGCAACCUGCAGGCCUCGAAUAUCCUGAACGAGGUCGACAGGCUGAAACUCUUCAGUAAUAUACCCGAUAUCUACGCCGCUAAUCGCUACUUCUGGACCGAGUAUCUCCUCGCGAUGGUGAAUGCGUCGAGGUCGAGCGGGCUGCCGCUCGAUCCCGGUCACCUUCUGCAUGGCUUCGAAACUUUUGAGCAGACGUUCGCGCCUUACACGAGAUACUGCGCAGAGCAGAGCAGGUGUCAGCAAUAUUGCCGGGAUCGACUGAAUGAUAACCAGCUUUUCACGGCGUAUCUCGUGUGGUGCGAAACGCAGAAGGAGUGCAACCGACUGAAACUUCUGGACAUACUCGUGAAGCCGAUGCAAAGAUUGACCAAGUAUUCGCUCCUUCUCAAAGCCGUUUACAAGAACACCGAGAACGAGGAUCAGCGCGUGGAAUUGACCCACAUGAUCAAAUCCGUGGAUGAUUUCGUGGCGUCCGUAAAUGCGGCCCUGAGAAGAAACGAGGAGGCCGCUCGACUGGAAAAUGCAGCCGCGCGUUUAGAGAGUUACGACGUCGUGGAGUGCAAAGGAUUCGACGAGGAAGUGGAAAAGCUGAUAAAGUUGUACAGCAACCUCGAUAUUACCACGGCGCCAAUACCCGGCUGCCCGAAGGACACCCCGAGAACCUUACUUCGAGAGGGAGAUUUGAAGCUAAGAGACGCCGCUACCAAUAAAAUGGAAGUGCACGUGCUGCUACUGACAGACAUGCUCUUAAUCUGUAAGCCCUCGACGAAAAAAAUGCUGAAGAUCAUCAGGCAACCGUAUACCGUCGACCGCAUACGAAUACACGAGGUCAAAGAACCGUCCAGUAUGGGAUUGGUUUACCUUAAUGAGUACGGGAUAGUUUCGACCGUUUUAAUCCUCAGUGCCGGUGACCCGAAAUUAGCUAAGUCCUGGAUGGAAUCGUUAAAAACGGCGCAGCAGCAAUUUGCAUUGAUGAAAGUGUCGCCACUUGGUGAACCCGCGAUGAAUCUGGUAACUGUCAGCAGACAACCGAGCGCAUACCUGGGCGACGCUGAUUUCGAGACGGAGGAGUCUGAGGGUAUCCCGAGAACUCCGCGUGGCAGCAGCAGAGCUUCGCACGUUAGCAGUCUCGCUCACAGUCACAGCGGUAGCAUGGAGAUGGAGGGCGCGUCACCGGGAAGCAGCAACUUCCUGCCGAGUUACAGUCAGAGCAGGAACGUGAGCGUGGACACGAACGAUCAGCCGCGAGCAUCGAGCUCGCUGUCGUCGGAGGAGGGCGGCGAAUCUGCUUCCGGUCACAAUCUCAGGGCGCUGCAGAUAAGGCGCGCGUUACUGAACAAAUCGCCGACGCCGAAUACGCUGAGCGUCCAGGUGCCGGCGUACUCGAGCCUCGGUCAAUCGCUACCGAAUCUGACGCUGGCCACCUCGCCGCAGACCUCCACCGUGUCCCCGACGCCACCCAACUCACUGUUGAUCGUGCCACAGAUCACGAAGAGCAAGGACACCCUGCUCUCACCAGGACACCGAGGUAGUAUAUCCUACCCACCACCGUCGCCGCCGAGGGGUGCUCUCAGACGAGCGUUCGCGAUACCGCAAUCUCGGAAUCCGCCCUUGAUCAAGACACGGCACGUAAACGCGUCCCUCACGCAAACGGUGCAGACGUCCAUGGGCUUUGACACCGAGAUUUUUGAGGACAGACGGAGAAGGCUGGAACCUUCGCAGAGAAUGUCGUCGACGAGCAGUAUCUUCGAAGAGAAAAAAUGACUCGCGAACUGACCUGCAAGAAGAACUUCCCAAACAUUUAAAUUGAUAUGGACUACACCGUCAAUGUGGAUUUACGUGUCAAUGUGGAUGUACGUGUCAAUGUGGAUGUGUAACGCCCAACGAACGGAGUAUUACUUCUGGUCUGUUAGUGCUGCACACACAGCACGCACAGCAAGUUUGAGGAGCAUUCGAUCUUCGAGGGGUAAUUGUUCGCGCUACCUGGAAACCUACCAAAAUGAGCGAAACAAUUUUACAAAUCGAUUAUACGGACUACACCGUCAACGUAGGAUGUGUAACGCCCAACGAACGGAGUAUUACUUCUGGUUAACUAUGUGGGGCCAUUCGAAAUCAACGUGACGCUUGUACCACGACUGUAUCUCUACUUUUAAUCUCGUUAGCCUUUUAAACUCUCGUAGGUGUCUCUCUCUUUGUAAGACUAAAUUGCGCGGCGAGGACGGACCGUAUAUCGCGUGCAAUAUGAAACAUAGACGACUUAGAAUUUUAAGCGACGAACAAAAAGGCCUAUCUAGUGUAAUUACAUUUUAACAUUCUAUAGUGGAUGUUAGAAUUUAACGAUUUCGUAUAGACGAGGAGAGUAUAAUGCGCCUUUGCAGAUUUUAUCUAAGAACGAUUUUAUCGUGCUGUACCGCGUCGUCAGUGCGCAUCGACGUGCGAGGAACGAGCUGCAACGAAUUAGCAAUACGGAAGUUGUACUAAUUCCUGACGGAACGCGCUUUGAUCAGCGGAAGAGCAAAACGCGGAAAGACGAGAGGAAUGCAAAUUUACUUUAAAUACAAAUCCGAUUCCGACGACGUUCCGUUCUAAGAGAUUGAGGAAUCGAGGCUGUCACUAAAUACCUGAAGACAACAUUAUGUAGAAGGGAGAAAUAGAGAGCGAAAGAGAGAGAGAGGGGGGGGGGAGAGAUAGGGAGAGACAACGAUUUUAUACGAGCUCUUACUGUCCGGUUCCUCUCGUUUCCUCGGUUCGUGUUGUUUGCACUCUUUAAGCUUGAAUUGUGUUAAUUACUUACUUACUUAUCGUAAGAACUACACGAACGCAUAUGUACAAUUGUAAUCGAGAUCCAAAUGUAAUACAUAAUUUAUUAACUAACUGCGAUUAUUAACGCUACCGUUCUUCUCACCCUACGAACUAUAAAUUCUUGAUCGUCGGCGAUAAUACUUACUAUUGUGUGAGACCAACGUUUGUGGUCUGUGCUCUGUAAUUUAAGUUCCCCAGCUUGAAUUGCAAUUAUCGUUCGUUCGACAAGACCCAAGAGGAUUGUAACAUGAUUGUACUGAAAUAAAAUAGAAAACUCCCUGC